GGAAUGAUAUGAUGUCAUAUUCAGACAUGGGCUCCUCGGAGGCAUUUUGACGGAGUUGAGAGACCUGAGAGGCUGAGAGCGCGUAGCGCGUGGCGCGUGGCGCGUGCUAAAGAAAAAAGAGGCGUGACCCGGAGCCCACAAGGAAGCCGACGCUGUUCUGCUCCUGCAUCAUUUCCGUAGCUAGGGUUUCAGCUACUUUUCCAAGGCGGUAACCCUGUGAUUUUCUCCCCCAAUUUUCAUUCCUUCCAUACAUAUAAUACUAGAUUUCUCUCUCUUUCCCCCGGAUCGAGUUGGGUCUGAGGAGAAAUGUCGAAGCCUCAGGUCACCAUCACCCUUGGCCGCACUGGACAGAAGGUGGUAAAGAGGGGAGGAGCAAUAUCUGAUGAUGUUGAUGAUGAUCGGAAAAUGUCUGGAAGCAAAAGGUCGAUAAGAGAUAGAUUGGGUAGUAAUGUGGAUUCUUCCUCGUUGUCAAUGAGUAAGAGACACCGAGGGGAUGAAGGCACGCGGAGUGCAGAUUUCCAUGCUGGUCCAAAUGACCUCCGAUUUACAUUGAUGCGCAAGAAACAAUCUAGGCAAACAAGGGGUGAUGUUGAAGUGCAUGAAAGGAUGGACUUGCGUGAGAACCUGUCAAGAACAGUUCGGCCUGCAGCAAACAAUAAAAUGAUGCAGCAAAGGUCUGAACCAAAUGGAAGCAGUCUUUUGAGACGGACUCCCCGUGUCGGAAGCGCAGAUGAUUUGCUCCAGGUGGACUCUUUGGGAAGAUCUUACUCUUCUUGGAGCAGGGAUGGAUUCAGAUCUAGAUCACCAGAAAGAAUUUUCAAAAGUUCUAGGGGGCUGUCACCACCAAGGAAUAUCGAUAAGCUGAGGCAAGUUUCAUCAGUGAGAGCAAUUGAUGCUUCAAGAACUGGACGGUUUUUGAGCAGUAAUGUUCUUGAUCCUCCUAGAUCGACAGGCUCGGCCCCACUUACAAUGAAAGCAACCCUUGAAACUACAAAGGCAGCCACUCGACUUCCACUAGCAGGUGGCGCCAUGCCGAAAAACUCAUAUAUGGGUAAUGAACCUGUAAAUGUCAGUAGCUUGUUGCAUUCACUUGGUUUGGAGAAAUAUGUCAUUAAUUUUCAAGCUGAGGAGGUGGAUAUGACUGCUUUGAAGCAGAUGGGGGACAAUGAUCUUAAAGAGAUGGGAAUUCCAAUGGGUCCAAGAAAGAAGAUUCUUCUUGCUCUCUUGUCACGUUCUAGACGACAACCCCCAUGACUCCAUAACUCAGCUGCAUUUGUAAAGAGCUACUUUUUCUUGUGUUUGUACUCUUGAGAGAAGUCUGAUCCAAAAAUUGGAAUGGGUGUAUUCCUUUUUGAAGUUAGGGUUUAAAAGGGAUUGGAUGUUGUAUCAAUUGAAAAUUUCUGUCCUUACAAAAAUUCAAUUGCUUUGAGAAAUUAAUGCUGACAAGAAUGUAUGUGAAUUGAUUAUUUGGAACAAGGUGAAAAACAAACGAGGCAUUGAAUUGUAGCUUUGUAAAAGAUCAUUUCAUUUU